GUUGAUGCAGACGAAGACAUCCUUAAUGAUCUCUACAGUAAUGUGAAGCUCAAUGACCUCAGGCAUUCUCUCGCCUUCAUUGCAGGUCUCCAAGCUGCCUCGUUAGAUGAUCCUGCCUCAGGACUUGAUAGCAAUACUAUUGGACGCCUUCGCAACCCACCACAGUACCCUGCUACGAUCGAUGAUCCCCAUGUCAGGGCUGCUCUCGAAAACUACAUGCAUCUCAAGCAUUCAGACUCUGAUUUUGACCACGCAUGGCUUUCGUAUGUCAAAGAAAGUAAUCUUGAUCCUGCGGAGUUCCCGACACUCUAUCAAACAAAGAAAAUUGCUGAAGAUAUUACAGGCGUCUACUCUGUCAUGCAUGACAUGUGUCCCAACUCUUGCAUCGGCUAUACAGGUCCGUUUUCGCACCUGGAACACUGUCCAGAGUGUGGUGAGUUUCGCUAUGAUCAAGCACUGCUAGAAAAGACCUCCAGACGUACAAAAAAACCUCGCAUGCAGUUUCCCACUCUCCCCAUUGGCCCCCAAUUACAGGCACUGUACCGGGAUCCACAGAGUGCUCAGGAGAUGUGCUACCGUGAUGAAAAAACACAGGAUAUAUUUGAGGAAUUGGAACAAAGUGGCAGUCUCGACUUGUAUAGCGAUUUCUUCGACGGAGAUGACUAUAUCAAGGCUGUACAAGACGGGAAGAUCAAGGACAAUGACAUUAUUUUGAUGAUGUCUGUCGACGGUGCCCAACUCUACAAGAACAAGCAGUCUGACUGCUGGAUCUCAAUCUGGAUUGUCUUUGAUCGUUCUCUGGACACACGAUACAAGAAGAAAGUUUGUGAUUCCUGGACUCGUCGUCCCUGGACCAAACAAGCCAAAAACCUCGAUUCCUUCCUCUAUCCAAGUUUCCAUCAUGCCACUGCAAUUAUGAAAGAGGGAUUACCUAUAUGGGAUGCCCAUUGUGAUGUACGCUACCUCUCCAAUAUCUUUCUCGCCAUCGCGACUGCAGAUGGCCCAGGUCUCAUGUAUCUCAAUGGACUUGUUGGGCACCAUGGGAAAAAUGGGUGCCGUCUCUACUGUGGACUCCCAGGACGCCGUAAACCAGGUGGUUCUCACUAUUAUCCUGCACUGAAGAAGCCUCUCGAUUAUGAUGUCCCUGACUGCAAUCACGACGAUAUCAGCCCAUACACAAUUGGUUCAUGUGAUGGUGCCCAUAACAAGUAUUGGGACAAUCUUGUCACACUGCUCUCGAGUCAAAAGGAGAGAGAAUAUCAGCAGAAGCAUCUAGAGACAGGGAUUUCGAAGCCUUCAAUAUUUCUUGGCUUUCCCGAACAUUGCAUUCUUGGUGUCCCUCGGUGUUUUGGCUCUGAUAUCAUGCACCUUUGCUCGCUGAACCUUCCCGAUCUCCUGAUUCCACUGUGGCGUGGGACCUUCAAAUGUGAUCCUACUGAUCAUGUCUCUAUGUGGGUCUGGGCAACACUUACAGGAGAUAUUUGGGAGGACCAUGGGCGCAUUGUUGCAGCAUCCUCUCAUUAUCUCCCAGGGUUCUUUGAUCGCCCACCUCGCAACCCAGCUGAGAAGAUUUCAAGUGGAUACAAGGCAUGGGAGUACACACUAUACAUGUGGGGUCUUGGCCCUGCAGUUUUUCAUGACGUGCUCCCAGACCCACACUGGCAGAGUUUCUGCAAGCUCGUGCGUGGUGUUCGGCUCAUCAGCCAGAGAAAAGAACUUGUUGUUGCUGCACGGUGCUUUGCAGAGUUUGAAGACGAGUUUGAGGAUUUGUACUACCAGCGACAUGCUGACCGACUUCAUUUUGUUUGUCAGAGUGUGCAUGCCCCCCUCCACUAUUACACUAUCCACUAUGCCAAUGAAGUCUUCACAAAAGGCCCAUUGAUCUGCAGUUCUCAGUGGCCGAUGGAGCGAGCUAUUGGUGACUUUGGCAGUCAAAUCCACCAGCAUUCAAAUCCUUUUGCGAAUCUCGGUCAACGAUGCUUACGACAGGCACAAACCAACACCCUCAAGAUCAUAAUGCCUGCACUUGACCACGACAACCUCAAAUCAACUCUACCAGCAUGGGCAAAGGAUCUCAGUGGUGGAUUUGCACUCCUCACUAAGCAUGACCGCACAGCAUCUUCAGUAGACUCACUCGAGUCGUCGCUGAGAAGACCUAUCCUAGUUUGCACACGCCGACCGACGGUCAGCGUAACACCCAGUGGUCUGACCGCCCGCUCAUUAUGGUGUGAAGAAGAUCGUGAACAUGUUCGGCAAGCUCGCAACAUCCAACCUCCCGAGACUCUUGCUGUCAUCACACUCUAUUCACCACCUGAUGUCGAACUUCUUCGGGCUUCUCAUUACACCUUGUGGUCAUGUUGCCAUCAAGGAGAUGCUGCACUUGUCGUCAUCAACGUGAAAAUGAUUGAAUCAGUUGUCACGAUGGUUCCACACAAGAUCAAUGGAGAAGAUCAAUUCUAUGUAGUUGAGAAACCUAGCUUGGACGUAGCAGAUAUG